ACCCGCGGAUAGGUUUCGGCUUCAGCAUCUUUAUCGAGGUCUAUUCAUACAUUUUCCGGCGUGUCGGAUCGGGGGAUCACAUCAGGGUAUUUCAAUCAUGGCUGAUGAGGGAUAUGUCGUACGCAUCAGAGGUCUCCCAUGGUCCUGCUCCGUUGAUGAACUUCUGCGUUUUUUCUCUGAUUGCAAAAUUCUUAACAAUUCUGGUGGAAUCCACUUUACCUACACAAGAGAGGGCCGACCCAGCGGAGAGGCAUUUAUUGAGUUGGAAACAGAAGAUGACAUGAAACUUGCUAUGAAGAAAGACAGAGAAACAAUGGGCCAUCGAUAUGUGGAAGUGUUCAAGUCCAACAACGUUGAGAUGGAUUGGGUUUUGAAACACACUGGUCCAAACUGUCCAGACACCGCAGGAGACGGACUUGUCCGACUUCGAGGCCUCCCGUUUGGUUGUAGCAAAGAGGAAAUUGUACAGUUUUUCUCAGGGUUGGAAAUCGUGCCAAAUGGGAUAACAUUGCCGGUGGACAUCCAGGGGAGGAGUACGGGGGAGGCCUUCGUGCAGUUUGCUUCACAGGAUAUAGCUGAAAAGGCUCUAAAGAAACACAAGGAAAGAAUAGGGCACAGGUACAUUGAGAUCUUCAAGAGCAGCCGCGCUGAGGUGCGGACACAUUACGAGCCACAGAGGAAGCCUAUGGGCAUGCAGAGACCGGGCCCAUACGAUCGUCCCUCUGGGGGCCGUGGGUACAACAUGAUGGGCCGCGGGGGGUCCUAUGAUAGAAUGCGCCGCGGAGGCUACGGAGGAGGUGUAUCCGAUGGGAGGUAUGGCGAUGGGGGCUCUUCUUUUCAGAGUACGACUGGUCACUGCGUACAUAUGAGGGGACUGCCGUAUAGAGCAACAGAGAACGACAUCUACAAUUUCUUUUCACCUUUAAAUCCAGUAAGGGUCCACAUUGAGAUUGGUCCAGAUGGAAGGGUCACCGGAGAAGCAGAUGUGGAAUUUGCCACUCACGAAGAUGCUGUUGCAGCCAUGUCCAAAGACAAAGCAAACAUGCAGCACCGCUAUGUGGAACUCUUCCUAAACUCAACAGCAGGGGGCAGUAAUGGCACAUAUGGUGGCCAGAUGAUGGGUGGAAUGGGUAAUCAAUCGUCAUACAGUGGAGGACAGCUGAAUUCAGGAUAUUCUGGUGGAUAUAACAACCAAGGAAACAUGGGCGGCUACAAUGACUACAGUAACCAGGGCGGAAUGGGAAGCAGUUACUAUGGUGGCGGCGGUGGAGGAGGAAACAGAGGGUCAAUGAAUGGAAUUGGAGGGGGAUGGGGAAUGUAAAUUUGUUAAGUGUUUUUUUUGUUUUUGUUUUUUUUUACUCGGCAGUUUGCUGAAUUUACUGGAAAUGUAUAUCUUGUGUAGAAACGAACAGUAGGUUUGAUUGUUGAAGUCAAUUUGUUUUAUGAGGAUAAACUCCAGAAAUGGUCAUAUUUGGUCUAAAAUUGCUGUUUGCGUUCUUAGUUACAGAUUCAACACAUUGUAAGAUCUGUGUUUUUAAUUUCAUUACCAGGAGACUGUGCUGUUCCUCCAGAUUUUCACUCCGUGCUGGUGGGUUUGACAUCUGUAAAUGUCUGGAAGCAUGUACUGAAAUGUUUGCCGAUUGUUUUCCUACCUUUUUAGAUGUUUUGUUCGUCUCGAGUUCAAAUGAUAACAAGCUAACACAGAGCAUGUUUUGUUUUAUACAUUUUUGACAGGGCAGUUUAUUCAAGAUGAGGGCUACUCCUGGCAGGUACAUUUUAGAUCUGCUGAUAUGAAGGUUUCUACUGCUUUAAAUGGUAUUUGUAAUUCAUGUGCAAAAGUGAAUAAACUAGUCUGGAAAAAA